CCACACGAUUUGAAUGCAACAUGCGGAACAGCAUGCGAUGCUGAUGUCAACAGAAACCAGUGACAGCUGGUGGCGCACUCCCAGUUAGGAACAAGGCGAUCGGCUAAUGACUCACCUGAACGGCGGGCUUCCUCAGAAUCCCAGCGGGGGCGUGGCCGCAGGUCAGGUGGUCGGUGUCGUGACCUUUGGACCUCUUGCGGGGCAGCGGAGAUGAGACCAUGCUAACCUCGGAGGCUAACCGGGAGUUCCAGGCCAAAGAGAGGAAAUACAAAGCCCAGCUGAAGAGAUGUCUGUCUGCUGCCCUGGCCCAAGACCUCCUCAGGCUGCUACAGGAGGAGCUGGAGUCUGAUGUGUGUGUGUGCAGCGGCCCGAGUUCCCUGAAGGCUCACCGAGCGCUGCUAUUGGCCAGAGCUCCUCACCUCCUCUCAGCACCUCCCCACCUCCUCUCGGGGCCCAAGGGGGACGUGGAGAACGUCCAUGUGUCCGGCCUGGACCCCGCGGAGCUCACACAGCUGCUCAGGACGGUGUACACCUCAGAGCAGAGCCUGGUGGGCCCCCCUGGACCCGGACCCCCCGGGACCAGCUCCCCUGGUGGGGGGCCAGACCCCGACGGACCCCCGGAACCAGGUGUGUGUGGUCUGCAGCCGGCCUGCGGUCUGGGCUCUGACCUGCUGUCUCUGUACCGGAGGGAGGAGCAAUGUGACAUCACCAUCAGAGUGGGCGGGCACGUCUUCCCCUGUCACAGGGCGAUCCUGUGCGCGCGCUCCCAGUACUUCCGGGCCAUGCUGAGCGGCAGCUGGAUGGAGAGCUGCACCCAGGACAUCACUCUGCAGGGGCUGGGCCCGGAGGAGAUGGAGGUCCUGCUGCAGUUCAUGUACGGUGCCAUCGCCGACCUCCCGCCCGGAGCCAGCGCCAGUCAGGUGAUGCUGGCGGCGGACAUGUUGGGCCUGGAGGGGCUGAAGGAGGUGGUGGAGAUGGUGCUGACCCGAGACUACUGCCGCUUCUUCCCCAAGGUGGUGGACGGGGUGCAGAAGAGCAUCGUGGAGUGUCUGUCCCUCACCAGCGCUCUGGGUCUCCUCAAGCUGCACGCCACCUGCAGGAGGUGGGUGGCGGAGCACUUCAUGAAGAGCUGGGCAGAGCGGAACUUCUCCCUGCUGUCGGUGGAGCUCCAGCGGGCUUGUCUCAGUGACGUGGCCGCCGCCAUGGUGGGUCCCAGGGUGCAGAGAUGCUCCCCCUCCGCGUCGUCUGAGGCCCCCGUUGUGCCGCGGACCCCCGCCCGCCGCCCGCCACCCGCCGCCAUGAAGUCGGACGGCCUCGCCACGGACGGCAAGACGGGAGACGGCCCCGCCCCCCGCGGAGCCAAGACCGCCAAGCCCCGCCCCUCCACGCCCCGGACCAAGGCCGGCGCCGCCGCGGGCUCGCCGCUGCUCAACGGGACCGCCCCCGCCGGCAGCCCCGCCUCCAGACGGGACGCCGCCAACGCUAACGGAGCUAACGGCAACGCGGCUACCGCUAACGGGACUCGCGGCCCCACGGCGGCGGGCCCCAAGGACCCGGAGAAAAGAGCGGCCCCCGGGGGGCGGCCCACCUGGUCCACGGCUGGACACGCCAAGGCGGGGCCCCGGGGCGGCAGCGCCGCGCGAGCUAACGGCGGCGUGGCUAAUGGCGGCACGGCUAGCGGCCACGCCCGGCCGGGAACCUCCACGUCGGGCAGCGCCUCGCCGGACGCCGCCGCCAGCCCGCCAAACAGCCUCCCUGGCCCAGGUUCAAAACCCAAACAACAGACCAAGCUGCUGAGCAAACCCUCUGGGGCCAAAGCCGUCCAGAAACCGGACCCGGCCAAGACCAGCAGUCCGACCAACAAGCCCUCCCCCAGAGAGACCAGUAAGACCAAGGCCAGCCCGGCCCAGAAGACCACUGGAGCCGCAAGACCAGAACCCAGAGCCAGGGGCGGGGCCGGAACCCCGGAGCCCAGCGGUUCGAGACCCGGAGCCGUGAAGAAGACCGCCUCCUCUAAGAGGGAGGAGCCUAAGGAGGCGGGGCGCCCUGCCGCAGCAGCUGAACCAAUCAAGAAGAAGACCAAACCCCUUGAGAGGACCGGCUCUAAGCCCUCCAAGACCCCCGGCCUGACCCCCAAGCCGCCGUCAGGCUCCCCCAGACCGGGACCCCGCCCGGGACCCCGCCCCCAGACCGCCCCUCACACCCCCCCCAGGGCUGGAGGCGGGGCCAAGGCCACCGGCUCCUCCCCCAGGAAGCCAGGAGCCAAAGAGGAGGCCGGGUCACCAGCCAAUCAGAACGCAGCACAUGGCGGCAGUAGCGCCGGGGGCGGGCUCUGCCUCCCGCUGAGCUCCAGCCCGCGCCGCUCCCCCCACAAGACCCCCGGGGGGGCGGGGCCCCAGGCCGGACCCCCACCGGCAGAGGGUCUGGACCCGGGGGGCCGAGAGAGUCAAGACCCCCCCCAGAGCUCCGCCACGCCCUGCGGCGGCGGGGACACGCCCCUGGAGGAGGCGUGCGGGGGCGGGGGGCAGCUCCAGGCGACGCCCGAGUCGGAGACGGGCAGCAACAGCACCUCGUCGGACGACAUCAAGCCGCGCUCGGAGGACUACGACGCGGGGGGGUCCCAGGACGACGACUGCUCCCACGGGAGGGGCGGGGCCGGGGGCGGCGCCGGGGGCGGGGCCUCCAAGUGCGGCACCAUGCGCUGCUCGGACUUCCUGGGGCGCAGCAGCAGCGACACCAGCACCCCCGAGGAGCUGAAGGUGUACGACGCCGGCACCGGCCUGCGGGUGGAGGUGCGGCUCCGCGGCCGCGAGGGGGCAGAGACCACCAGCGAGGAGGAGCCCGGGGGGAGGCGGCCGCGCUCCUGGCUGCACCGCGACGAGCUGCUGGCCCGGGGGGAGGGGGGGGAGGAGGGGGAGGAGGAGGGGGAGGAGCCCGCCGCCUCCCUCACGCUGAAGAGCCAGACCCCGCCCUCCUCCGACGAAGAGGAAGAGGAGACGGAGGAGGACGAGGAGCGCUCGGAGGUGGAGGUGAUCCCGGGGGGCGUGGCUCCGCCCAGUGCCCCGGCCGCCCCCCCCGCCCACUUCCAGGGGAUCGUCAACCUGGCGUUCGACGACGACGGCGGCGAGCAGGAGAAGCGCCCCCCGCCCCCCCCCCCCUCCUCCGGGUUCCGGCGCUCCGUGCUCCUCUCCGUGGACGAGUGGGAGGAGCUUGGCUCGGAGGAGCCCGACUCCGCCUCCUCCUCUGCGCCGCCGCCGCAGCAGAACGGGGGCGCCGACGUCUUUGAGGGCGACGCCCCCUCGCCCCACCCCCCCGACCCCCAGCAGGAGGAGGCCGACGCCCCCCCCCAGGAGCGACCCUGCCACCUGGACCUGCGGCCGGGUGACGCCCACCGGUCCGGGCCGGGCGACGCCCACCGGUCCGGGCAGGGCGACGCCCACCGGUCCGGGCAGGGCGACGCCCACCGGUCCGGGCCGGGCGACGCCCACCGGUCUGGGCCGGGCGACGCCCACCGGUCUGGGCCGGGCGACGCCCACCGGUCCGGGCCGGGCGACGCCCACCGGUCCGGGCCGGGCGACGCCCACCGGUCCGGGCUGCGUCUGGACUUGAGUGACGCGGCGCAGGCCCGCCAGAACUCUGCCGCUCAGGAAGCAGCAGCCCCCGCAGGAGACACAAGUUGUGGCUCAGAGGACAGUGGAGCGGCCCGGGACAGACCCCCGUCCCACGCCCUGUCCCCCAUAUACGAGCUCCGGGGUCUGGGUCUGGACCCGGGGCGCACGGACGCAACGCGGGGGGGUGAAGAGGAGCAGGAGGAGGAAGAGGAAGAGGAGGAGGAGGAGGAGGAGGAGGAGGAGGAGGAGGAGGAGCAGGAGCAGGAGUUUGCCGAGCGGGACUGGUCCCUCCUCCACCAGCUCCUGUCAGAGCAGGAGUCCAGUCUGGGCGUGAUGAGCCCGGUCCCCGAGGAGCUGAACCUGGCCCAGUACCUCAUCAAGCAGACGCUGGCGCUGGCGCGCGAUGGCCCCGCGGCCUGCCACGCCCCGCCCCCGGAGAAGGACGGCUUCCAGCGCUGGGCGGAGCUCAUCUCCCCCCCCGCCGACGACGCCCCCAGCAGCAUCACGGUCACCAGCUACUCCCCCGAGGACGCAGCCUCCCCGCAGGGGGAGUGGACCAUCCUGGAGCUGGAGACCCACCACUGACCUCCAGGGACCCACCACUGACCUCCAGGGACCCACCACUGACCUCCAGGGACCCACCACUGACCUCCAGGGACCCACCACUGACCUCCAGGGACCCACCACUGACCUCCAGGGACCCACCACUGACCCACCACUGACCUCCAGGGACCCACCACUGACCUCCAGGGACCCACCACUGACCUCCAGAGACCCACCACUGACCUCCAGGGACCCACCACUGACCUCCAGAGACCCACCACUGACCUUCACUGACCUCCCCCGACCUUCAGAGACCCACCACUGACCUUCAGGGAGCAGCACUGACCUCCAGAGACACUGACCUCCAGAGACAGUGACCUCCAGAGACAGUGACCUUCGGAGACCCACCACUGACCUUCAGGGAGCACCAAUGACCUUCAGCACCGUUCCGCCCCCUGGCUCCACCCCCUGACCGACGCCCCCUGGUGUUGACCCGGGACCCUGCGGCAGUGUGUCUGAGCCCCCCAGGACCCCGCGGACUGGCCCCCCCAGGACGCGGGGGUCUGGACCCCGGGGACUGGCCCCCCCAGGACCCCGGGGGUCUGGACCGGGGCGAGGAGGCCCUGCAUGUGGACCUUAUGUACAUUUGUCUUGUGGUCAAAGCUCUUUAACGAUUGGCCGAGGGGCGUGUGGGGGCGUGUUCUUUCAUAUACUGGAGAUAAGAUGCAUUUGUACAUGAAUAAUAUCAAUAUUAAACUUUCUUAUUUAUGACUCGGCAACAACGGCUCCGCAAGAUAUUCCCAGGCUACAGAGAGGCGUGUUAGUGGUGUAGGGGCGCCUCUACCCAUGCUGUAAGGCAGUGGUUCUCAAAUGGGGGUACGCGUACCCAUAUGGGUCCUUUGGAGUAAUGCAAGGGGUCCUCGGAAGAUUAAAAAAAAAAAAAAAGCCAGUUAAUUUUUUGUGGUUGAAAUGUAAAUAUUAAAACACGAGAAAGGAGAAUCCCUGAAAAAGAAAGCCUUCCAGAAACGCCAAAAUGUCGUCAGUUUAAGGUGAAUAUAUUUGAAUGGGGGUCACAUGCUCUGACCCUCCCCUGGCAUUGUGUUUCUUUUGUGGGGAGAAAUAAGCCAACAGUUACAUGAAGCACAGGCCCAUGUAUCUUACUAAAUUGUGAGUAUUUGCACCCUUUUAAUAUUCAUGUUUACACUGCCAAAUAGAAAGCACAUACAUUAUUGAUGUACAUUUUAUUAUUUUUUCAACCCAAAAGAUUUUGAGCCAGUGAAGGGGGUAAAUAUAAAAUAUAUAAAUAUAUAUCUUAGUACACUAGUAGAAAAGGUUAGAGAACCACUGCUAUAAGGCAUGGUGAGAUAUUCUGGCUGUGAGUGGGAGAAGCCCAAUGCGUCACCAGUCUGAACCGUCUGAACCUAGAGGAGCCCUAUUGCACCACCUGGUGUGACGUCGGUUAGCAACAACCAACCUUCACUGUCCGGUAGGCUGAUCGUCUACCCAUCAUGCAUCUGGCUGGACACUCCCCCCUGUGAUGUCACUCGUGGGCACGUCUAUAAAAGGCUUGUAGGCGUGGCUACGAUAUACCGCAGCGUGUGAGAUGAAGACUUAUGAACACAUUGAAAGGUUCAUGUGAAAUAAAUUGGAAGAACUUGA